ACCACCAGCGAAAACAAAACAUUGGGACUUAAUUUUAUUAUUUAAAAAAAAAUUCUUAAUGAAUGCUCUCACGGAUAAGGUACUUGUGGCCAAGGAGGCACUGUGUGUCGCCCUUGGCGACAAUUGGGAGCUCUACAGAGGAAAUAUGAAAAACUGGUUUCGCAAUCGCUGGAGCAAAGAGGAGUUUGAUUGCGAGUCUCGCAAAAUUAUGACGCCAGAGAAGCUGCAUUUGCACAACCAGUUUCUGUUGGCCCUGCUUAAUAAAAUAGACGCCUUUGCGCCUCCAGAAACAAUUGCUUCACUGCAGCCCAGUUGCCGAAGCGGCGGCAGUGGAGGCGCCUCAACUAGCAGCAGCAGCAGCAAUCGGAAACGUAAACGCAGUUCACGCACAUUUGCGGAUCGCAUCACAUUUGAACUAUGCGAUGUUCUGGAGUUCGUUAAGGAGGACAACAUGCAGCUGAUACGUCCGCCCUCAUUAGGCGGAGAUCAGGGAUUGCAACAACAACAGCAACAGUUGCCCACACAACGUUACUGUGCACAAGAAUUGUUUCUGCCGGACGCUGGCUUCAUUAUGGGACGUUUUCUAAUCGGCGCCUGGGAAAUAGGCCUCAUCUCAGUGGACGACAAUGUGGCAGAGUAUGUGGCAAUGGCUGUGCAGGUGCUGCUCAAGGAUCUGCUAACAUCGAUCAUUAAAAAACGCAAGCAUUACAAGACAAGUGGCGAGGGUAACUUUUAUUAUGAUGUGGGUGCACAACUGCGUGAUCCUUCACUGCGGAACACAGUCACCCGCCAGAAGGUAGACGAUACUCCGCUGGAGCACGACAAGGAGCUUAAUACAGCCAACUUUAUGAGGAGACAAAAUGAUGAUAUUGUCUUUCUCUCAGCCUGCGAACAAGUAUUGCCCUGCGAACGUACUGUGAUUACACUCAAGGAUUGCCAGCUCGCAUUUCGCGAUCGCAAUCUCAUUGGCUCCCACGCGGUUUACUCUAUAAACAUGGAGCGUCUGAAUAUGAUGAUGCACUAAGCAAUUAACUAUACAUUAGUUUUUAUUAUAAAAUUUUAUUUAUGUUGACAUAA